UCUACAUGACCUAUAUGGACAUCGAAAGCGAAAGUAACAUUUUAUUUGUGGAACAAGAAACAGAUAAAUACCUCAACCAACUCACUAACGAGUUAGCUGAAACAUGGCUGGCCAGCUGACGGACGCUGAUAUGGACCAGCUAGAGACGUGGGUAGGAACAGGGCCCAAAACCUUCACCCUACUGUACAAGAUAACAAGGGAUGGGUGUGAUCCCGCCAUCUUCCACCAAAAGUGCGACAGCCAGGGUCCGACUGUCACUGUGCUGUAUAACACCAAUGGUUCUGUGUUUGGGGGGUACGCGGGUCAGAGUUUGCAUAGUCAGAGUGCAUAUAUAAACGACCACACCGCGUUUUUGUACCAGCUUCGGUUUUCUGGUAACCAAAAAGCCAAUAAAUUCCCUGUAAAAUGUAGUCAAGCAGAUUAUGCUUUUCAUGGUUCUCCAUCUCUCGGACCAGUGUUUGGAGCAGGUCAUGAUCUGCACGCAUUCAGCGCAAAGAUAUCAAAUAAUAGCGGAACCUUUGCGCUGAACGGGCGCCUGCGAUUUAAGUCAUACGAUAGCCAGGGGGUGACCACUGACCAGAUCAACAACGGGCACAUGAACGUCACAGAGUUGGAGGUCUACAAAGUGACAGAUGGGGUGCGGAAAGUGAAAACGGAGAAACCAAAGGAAGUCAAACCGUGGCGAAAUGCUCCCGAACUCAACGACAAGCUCCUCGACCAACUGAAAGAGGAAAUUGCCACAUUCAAGCCUCAGAGUGACCUAGACCUGACCGACAUCCGAGUCCUUCUUCUGGGUCCCGUGGGGACCGGCAAGUCCAGCUUCUACAACACAGUGAACUCUGUCUUCCGGGGACGCAUUUCACAGAGGGCGCGGUGUGGCACUUCCGCUCACAGCAUCACCACAGCGUAUAAGCCAUACACGGUGGGCAAACAGGGCGGCUCUCGACUCCAAUUCCGGUUGUGUGACACGCGCGGCCUUGAGGUCAGCCAGGGGCUUGACCUGCUCGAGUGCAACUUUCUGUUGGACGGUCACGUGCCUGAACACUACGAGUUCAACCCGGCAACCCCUAUCACCCCUGAGACCCCGGGGUUUAUACACAAGCCCGGCCUUGCUGACAAAGUCCACUGUGUGUUAUUUGUCCUUGAGGCAAACACUAUUGACGACUUGCCAACGAAACUCGUGGAAAAGAUGAACAGCUUCCAGAAACUGAUGAACCAGAAAGGUAUCCCGCAGGCUGUUCUGCUGACAAAGGUGGAUGUAGCGUGUACAGAGGUCGCGCAAAACGUGUCCAGUGUCUUCCGGAACACAAACGUGGAAAAAGUCGUGGACACAGUUGCCAAGCUUCUAGGGUUGCCACGCAACAACGUACUUCCGGUUAAGAACUACGAGAACGAGGUUCAGCUGGAGGCUGCCACAAGCGCCCUGGCCCUGUUGGCGCUUCGACAGGCGCUCUACUUCACCGAGGACUUUCUUGAGGACGUGGUUGAAAAGAGGGCCUCCGUCAAGGCCGCUCGGGGAAGGGGUUCAAGCGGGGGUAGUGGGGAAGGCAAGGGAGAGAGGGUGGAGAUAGGGAGUGAUAGUGCUUAA